AUGACAUCAUCCCCACCCAUGUCGGUAAAGAUGGGCAUGGUGAAACCCUGUGCCUUAGUCAGUUCCCUCCAUUUGAUGAAGCCUGUAUCAAGGACUUGGGUUAAUGGCAGAUGCCUGACCUACCAACAAGCCCUGCCAACUCAGCCAGUGCCCACACUUCAGCAUACCUGUGAGCGCUACCUCAUACUCCUGGAGCCCUUUGUGGAGGUGGAUGAGCUGAAGAGAACAAAACAGCUGGUGCAAGAAUUCCUGAAACCAGGAGGCGUUGGAGAAAAACUGCAGAAAGGCCUAGAAAAGAAGGCUCACAAUACUGACAACUGGUUAACAGACUAUAUGGUGCAGACUGACUAUCUUGACAACCGUCUGCCUGUGGUGGCUUAUUCAAAUAACAGUGGUUCCUUUCCCCGAAUGGACUUCAGGGAUAAGCAGGGACAAAUAAGGUGUGCUGCCAAAGUGAUAAGAGCUAUUUUGGACUUCAAGACUAUGAUUGACAAUGAGACGGUACCAGUUGAUUACCUGGGAGGAAAACCCCUGUGUAUGAACCAGUAUUCCCAGUUGCUAUCAUCAUGCCGUAUUCCGGGCCUGGAGACGGACUCUCUUGUGUUCCAUUGCAAGACUUCUUACCCUUCCAGAUACAUUACAUUGGCAUAUAACAGUCAGUUCUUUAUGGUGGACGUCUACAAUAGUGAUGGGACUCCUUUGACUGUGCACCAGCUUUGUGUUCAGCUGGAGAGAAUAUGCAGCUCUUCGCUGGAGACCAGCACAGAGCCCGUUGGCAUCCUCACCUCCUUAAAUCGUGACUCCUGGAGCAAAUGCUAUGACAGAUUGAUCCAAGAUAAGCCCAACAAAGAAGCGCUGUCAGCUAUCCAGAGGAGCAUCUGUGUAGUAUGUCUGGAUAAAGCCAUGCCUCAAGUGCCUGAUGACAUGUACUCCAGAUGUAAUGUCCUCCAGAUGAUGCAUGGAGGAGGCAGCCAGUGGAACAGUGCCAACCGCUGGUUUGAUAAAUCACUACAGUUCAUUAUUGGAGAAGAUGGGGCAUUUGGUAACAAUGUCUCGCAUAGUUGUACAGAUGGUACAAUUGGUAUGACCUUGACUGAUUAUGUUUUAGCAUCCAUCAAGAAACUAGAGAUCAUAGAGUCUUCCACGGUGCCUUUGCCCACACCUCAGAAACUACACUUCAACAUCACAGCUGACAUCAAAAAAGCAAUUGAGGAGGCCAAACAAAGCAUUGAUAAAAUCGUCCAAGACCUGGAUUUCAGUAUUCUCUCAUUCAACCACUAUGGGAAAAACUUUCUAAAAGCAAACAAGAUGAGCCCUGAUGCUUUCAUACAGAUGGCUAUACAGCUGGCCUACUACAGGGUGCACCGGCAGCACUGUGCAUCUUAUGAAGCUGCCUCAAUGCGACUGUUCAGGCAGGGACGUGUAGGUGAAAUCCCCUCAACUUCAAGUGCCUCAGUUGCCUUUGUCAUGGCUUUUAAUGACCCAAACAAGAAGAACACAGAGAAAGUGGAUCUUUUGAGGAAAGCUAUAGAAGUGCACAAAUGGAACACUAGCAUGGAAAUUAGUGGACAGACAGUCUUUGGGCACUUCCUGGGUCUACAGCACCAAGCAACUGAGAAAAAUAUUCCCAUGCCGGACAUCUUCACAGACGCCUCCUUUGAUAAAGUUUUUGACUAUCGACUUGCUACAAGUCAGGUGCCGUCCAAAUCUGGUUGUCUUCCAUGUGCUGGUCCUUAUCAACGUAAAACGUAUGAUAUAUGCUAUACUCUUUUGAAGGAUGACAUGACUUUUGUGGUGUCAGCCUUCAAAACAAACACAGAAAAUAAUUCAGAAGAGCUGAAAAAAGCUGUGGAGGAUGCACUGCUGGACAUGAGGACCAUACUGUGA